AGGUGUUCACACUCCUGAGGCAGAGGACCACCAGAAGCCGUUGUCUCCAGCCUGUAAUGUGAAACAACAGACCUUGGAUGUAUCCAUUGAGAGGUGGGGCUUCUUCACCUAACUCUACCCAGUCAGCUCGCAGUUCACGCAGUCGCAGAUCCUGCCUGAAUACACUGCCUGUGGAGUUGGAUUAGCACUAAAAGCCUCACUCGACCUCCCAUCAUGGCCGACUUCGACGAGAGUCAGUUUUCUCUCAUGAGUCUGGAGGAUGAGCUGACCUGUAGCAUCUGUCUGAGUACCUUUAACUGUCCGGUGACCAUCCCCUGCGGACACAACUUCUGCCAGGACUGCCUCCUCGAAACCUGGAAGGACUCCUACAGCUGCCCUCAGUGUCGGACCCUCUUCGCCACCAAACCGGAGCUGAAGAAAAACACUGUCCUCAGCACCGUCGUGGAGACCUUCAACUCCAGGGCGAGCAAGAAGGAGACCACCGUGGAGGAAGAGGAGAGCAAAGCCGAUGAUGUCAUACGUUGUGAUACGUGCAUGGAGGCAGAAGCGUCGCAGACCUGUCUCACCUGUAUGGCGUCUUUCUGUGAGGAGCACCUGCGGCCUCACCGGGAAAAUCCGAAGUUUAGUGUCCACCAGCUGACCGAGCUUGUGGGAGACCUGUCGGAGCGUAUCUGCCAGGACCACCACAAGCUGAUGGAGUUCUUCUGCAGCCAACAUGGCCGUCCAAUCUGCAGCUUCUGCCUCCAGCAAGCCCACAAAGGCUGCUCCUUCAUGACCCCUGAGGAGCAGAGGAACCUGAAGGAGUCUGACCUCAGAGACAAGUUGGGGUUGCUGGACGGGAAGAUUGAGAAGACUGAGACCGUCAUGCUUCAAAUCAGUGACAUGCAGAGCAAGCUGAAGGAUGCAGCAACCAAUAGGAAGACGGCAUUUGCAGCUGUGUAUCAGCAAAUGCGGGAUAUGUUGGCCCAAGAAGAACACAAGGCCCAACAUGAUGUGGACAACGAGCUGGAGACUGCUCAGACGAAACUUCAGGACUUCAUGAAGAGGUUCACUGAGAAUUCUGAGAACAUGAGAAAAGCCAGAGAAGAUCUCAACAGUCUGCUGAAUCAAACCCAAAGCCUGGCCUUUCUAAAGGCUUCAUUUGACUUGCCUAGGGUUGUAAAGUUUGACCCUUACGCCCCUCGAGUCCACCUGGACUCCAAGAAGGUGAUGGCAUCUCAGGCCUUUGCUGCUGCCCUGAAGGAGCGUCUCACUGAGAUCCUUACGCAGCCUGUUGAGGCCAGACUUCUGAUGCUUAAACCAGGAGAACAUACAGAUGAAAAAGCAGCUCCCGUCUCAGGAAAUUCUGGAUCUCAGUCGGAAUCUGAGCCGAAAGGACAGCCCAGCUCCCACAGUUUCGGUUGUCCACCUAUGCAGCCAUACUUCCAGCCAGUUCCUGUACCUGUUUAUAUGGAGCCACCUGGAGGCUGGAAUCCAUCCCAUUAUUCACAGGGCCAGUCACAAGGCUCUCAUAGGGGCCCUCCAUUUAUGGCAGGACAAAAGCCAUACAAGAAAAGUGAUACCAGUCACCACUCCUUCAACAAACAAGACAGAAAGCCCCACACUGCUCCAGCAUGGGAUGGCCCCAAGAGAGACAAUCCAGGAGGAAAUAAUCCAAGUGGAAAAGGACCUGGUGGCCCCAAGAGAGACAAUCCAGGAGGAAAUAAUCCAAGUGGAAAAGGACCUGAUGGCCCCAAGAGAGACAAUCCCAGAAGCCAUCCCCCAUCUGGGAAAUCUGCUAAAUCCCACCCACGGCCGAAUAAAAAUAACUAGAGGCAGUUUACUUACUGAAGCCCUUUGUUCCUCUAUGGCCAUUGACAAAUGUCCUCCACCUCACUUGGUGAUUCUUGGUGAGCCCCCUUCCAGACAUUUAUGCCUGGACACCUCUUCUCCAGCUAUUAAAAUACUUUUAAGGCCCUGUCUGGUUUGGUACCUUCUUAUAUCUCUGAGCUGCUUGCGCCUAACUCUCUGCCAGUACUUCCUAAGUGAUCGGUCCGGUACCACCAUAGUGGCCAUCAGUCCACAUUUCUCCACCAGAUGUUUAGUACUCUCCUGAUUGAGGCAGAUGUUAGUGAAUGAUUGGAGCCUGUUUGUUGUGUCUUUUGUGGUUCUCAAUGCCUUAGAUCCGUACAGCAUCACCUGCUUUGCAUUCUAGUUACUUGGGGAUCUUCUGGAGUAUGUUUAAAAUCUACCUAGUCUUAUUGAUCCAGCUUGCUUAAAGAUGUAGAUCUGUUUGCUUGUGUAUCCUAAAAAUGUAGAGAUUGAGUCAAUCACAUGAUAAGGAAUGGCAUAAUACUAUUGCUUUGUAAGUCCUGAAAUAAAGACUUUUGACAUGA